CCACUAACAAAUAUGUCUGCCCACGGCUUCGCCAUUGUUGGAGAGGACGCUUUAUAUUGAGGCGGUUCAUCAAGCGUAGAAACCGCACUGCAGGCUUCCGAAUCUGAAUCACCUUUAGCACUGCGCAGCGUGAGACACUAAUCGGCGGUAAGGAUUUCUCCGCUCAGCUCCCCAGUGGACCCCGGCCAUUGAAGCUGGCGGUCGCCGGGCCCCCAAAACCGUUGGCUUCCGGGGUCACGUCUGGGACCGCCCCCUUGGAGGCGGGGCUCCGGCGCCGAUUGGCUGUUAUGCCAUAGCAACGGGCGAGGAUUGGACGGCUUAGGAGGACGCCGCUUCAGCUUCUCCGCCCACGAGUCACGAGUGCGGCUGAGCCAUGGCGGAACCGGAGCUGCGGGCGGAGCUGGACUCGCUGUACCUGCAGCUGCUGGGCGACCUGGAGGAACUGGAGACAAAGCGGGCAGCGCUGAACACCCGGGUGGAGGAGGGCUGGCUGUCGCUCGCCCAGGCGCGCUAUGCCAUGGGUGCCAAGUCGGUAGGGCCCCUGCAGUAUGCCUCCCGGAUGGAGCCGCAGGUCUGCGUGAGCGCCAGCGAGGCCCAGGACGGACUGCAGACAUUCAGGGUGAUCAAAGCUGACUCCCAGACCCCAGAGGAGGUGGGACCCCGCGAGGCAGCUCUGCGCAGACGUAAAGGUCCCACCAAGACCCAUGAGCAAGAAUCUCCUGCAGCCCCACAAGAUCCCCUGAACUGGUUUGGAAUCCUGGUUCCUCAUAGUCUGCGGCAAGCCCAAGCUAGCUUCCGGGAUGGCCUGCAGCUGGCUGCAGAUAUAGCCAGUCUCCAGACCCGCAUCAGCUGGGGUCGAAGUCAGCUCCGGGGCCUCCAGAAGAAACUCAAGCAGCUCGAUCCUGACCCUGGGGCUGCCUGACCUGCAUCCAAGAGGCAGGCUCCAAGCACAGCUUGUUUCUGGAUGCCCUACCUUGUCUAAGGCCUCCUCCUUCGCAAAAAUGGUCCCUGCCCCAGCUACUGCCCCUCCUUAAAGUGUCCUUGGUCUGAGUUGUUUCUGGCGUUGUGAGAUUUGGAAUUCUCGAAGUAAUGUUGAAAGCCACUCCUGGGAAACCGCGUGGGUCCCUGUUCUCAUCUGUCCCCUCCCUGGGGCCUAGGUGCAGAGUGAACAGCCAGCCUCGGGUCAGCUGAGGUGUCACUCCUGGAUGAUGAAACACGGCGCCAGUGGUGUCAGGGAAGGUAGAAGUCAUGCUUCUGGGCCACCAGAUUCUUGAAAGUAACAUGGCUAGAGUUAAAGUCCAUAUUCAGCUGACAGAUCGAUCGGUUCCAGUCAGAAAAGACAUGAGCUGUCCUUGGUGGUGAACUCUAGAGGUUGAAGCUGGAGGAUGACUUGAACCUGUGCAACAAAGACUGUGUCAAGAAAAAAAUGACAACUGCACCCCCUCCAAAAAAAAAAUCCAGGUAGAUGGGCAGCCCUUAGCAACUAUUGCAUUUUACUUCAGUGAAAAUGGUUUGAUUGUUUGCAAGGAAGCUGGAGGAGGAGAAGACCUUCCUGGUUUCAGAGCCCUGUCGUUACCUGGCAGGAGGGAAGCCCGGCCCCCUGGUGCUGUUCCCGAAUAGAAUCCUCGUUUUGCUUUUCUACUGGGCUAACUUUUCAGCAGUUUGGGGGGGUUCUUUGUGUUUGGGGCAUGAGAUGUAAUCCUUUGUGAGAUGUACAUAUUUUUCAGUUUGUCUUUUAUAAUUAUUUCCAACUUUAUUGUAAAAUAAACAUACAAUAGUUGAAUAGUACCUAAUAAAGUGAAAGUGAAAACUGUA